AUGGCGCUUCUCAAUUUCACACUGAGCGAGGAAGGCGUCUCGGCUUUUCGUGACGCCCUCAUCUGCUUGAACAAGUUCAGUGAUGACGUCUCACUAGAAGCCAGGAAGGAUUCUUUUGUUCUCACUACCCUCAACACUUCCAAAUCCGCAUACGCAAGUGUCAAGUUCGCGACCGGCAAGUUCUUCUCGCGUUACCAGUACCAAGGCAGUCGCCAGUUCCGGGAUCGCUUCUACUGCACCCUUUACAUCCGAGCCCUGAUCUCACUGUUCCGGAGUCGCACUGCUACCGACACACAGAGGGAUGUUGAGAAGCAGACGCUGAUCGAAAAAUGUGACGUCGCCAUCGAGGACGGAGAGGGAAUCCAAAGCAGAUUCAUCGCACGUAUAAUUUUCCGAAAUGGACUGACUUCAACCCACCGGCUUCCUUUUGAGGUGUCCGUCCCUGUCCACGCCAAGUUCAACAAACAGGAUGCUCCUCACCACUGGACUAUCUCAUCACGGACGUUGCGGCAGCUGAUGGACCACUUUGGCCCUGGUAUCGAGUUUCUUGACAUCAAUACUGAUGGUGACCAUGUCAACUUCACAUGCUUUAGUGAGAAGACAGUCAGCGAGGAUGCGGUCCUCAAGAAGCCUCUUCAGACAUCAAUUGCCGUUGAAGCCGACGAGUUUGACGACAUUGAUGUCGAAGAUAAACUCCACAUCGUGAUUUCCGUCAAAGACUUUCGCGCCAUCAUCCAGCAUGCUGGUAUUGCAGGUAACGAUGUCUCGGCCCGCUACUCAAUCCCUGCCCGACCAAUCCAGCUCUCCUAUACCGGAGAUGCUAUGUCAUGUGAAUUUCUCAUCAUGACCGUCGGCGAGCGUGGCAGUAACCCUACACAGAGAACAAAGAAGGGUCGUAAGAAUGCAGCACAAAACACAGGUCCACGCCUCGAAGCCACAUCACGUAGGACGAGUGUGGCUCCGUCGGAAUCACAACCCCCUCGGCCGCAAGUCCCUCCUCCUGCUUCAAGACCUCAGCAGCUUACUCCGCAAAUGAGCGUUGCUAGAGCCAGCGCGUCGCGCAUAGGGGCGUUUGACUUGCGGCCCUCCCAGAAGCCACCACCUCCUGCAACCAUGAGAUCCGAGAGCUUGUUCGUCGAGGAUGAGGGUUGGGAGCCUAUCAACUAUGAUGAAGAUGCCGAAGAGGAGGAUAAUGCGAGACUAGGAUGGGAUCAUAGUGCGGAUCCUGCCAAAGACCACGGAACCCGAAACGGCGGCGGAACCCGAGCCUGA